AGAAACGGACUCCGCUACUCUCCACAGCACAGGCAGUCGUGUUGCCGCCUACUGACCAGACAACCUCAGCGACAGAGGAGGUGUAGGCUAUAUGUGGACCUCUGUCUGCUCUUCAUUCAGACAUACCGGCGGAAAAUACUAUCUGUUGAAAAGUUGAAUGGGGUGACGAUAGGGUUCUAGCGCUUUCCAAAGUAGCCUCUAUAGCAGUGACGCGUCGCGUGCGGUCUGGGAUAGGAAUGACUAAAACAUCAGAAGGGAGACGAAACAGCCUACAUACCUUGUUGGAUUAACAACAUUUAUAUACUAAACUUGCAACAGGACAGUCGGGCAGGAGACUGAAAACAUUCCAGGCUGACUGGCUGUCUGUCAUGAAGAAGCGAGCCAAUGAGGUGUUGGAGCCGGAUGAGCCUCUAUGCUGCUGUGAGUUUGUGGACCUUCAGGGGGGGCGGAGCCAUGUGGCAGCCUGCUGCUGUGACUGUGAGGACCUGGACGAUGCCUGUGACAGUAAAUGUCUGCUUCUCUCCCUCAGAUGGCUGAAGAAAGAGCCCCAGAAGGCAGAUUCACUGUCCCGUCUGGUUACCAUGGUGAGCGACCGCCUCCGUGUUCCAUGGUUCUGGGGCGGAGCCCGGCGUUUUGAUCUAUCGGUGCUGCCCCCACUGCUCCUACUUCCUGUCCUCCUACAUAUCGCAGCCCUUCACUUCCUGUUGGGCAUGGUGGUUCUGACUGCUCUACCGGUACUGGUUCUAUGGUACUACUACGUCACCCACCGUAAGAAGGGCCGGACUCUGUUCUUCCUCAGCCUGGCCCUGUUCUCCCUGGGCUACAUGUACUACCUCUUCCUCACCGAAGUCUUCCCCAGGGGGGGUGUAGGGCUGACCCAGCUGGGUACAGUGACCCUGGGGGUGGCCCUCACUCUGGCCUCACUCAUCCGCACCAAGAGAGAGCCCGGCUACGUACGGCCUCACACGGCCGACGUCCACAGCACGGUGACCUAUCACAGCUCACCUCCGGACAGAGACCCCGCCCACACCAGCCUCAACGGGGUUGGGCAGGAAGUAGUGCUAGCCAAUCGGGGGAGUGGGUCGGAGCAGCAGGGCCAAGGGGUGGAGCAGAGGGAGAGUGGGCGGAGCAGGAAGUGGUGCUCUCUGUGCAGGGUGGUGCGGCCCCCCAGAGCGGGACACUGCAGGAUCUGUGGUGUCUGUGUCCUGAGGCUGGACCACCACUGUGUUUGUACUGUGUAUUGUCUGUCUGUCUGUGUGUCGUGUCCGUCAUGUCGCCACUGUGGCAGGAUAAACAGUUGUGUGGGCCAGGCCAAUCACUGCAGCUUCCUGUCGACACUCCUCCUCUUUCUGUUGACCUCUCUGUAUGGAAUCAGUCUGGUGCUGCGCAGCGUGUGUCCCCAACAGAACCUGUUCAGCGCCCUGCUCUACUGCCCAGGCGUCUACAAUCAGUACAGCUCGGCACUGUGUUUCACCUGUGCGUGGUACAGCAGCAUAGUGACGGGUGGCCUGCUACACCUUCUGGUCCUGCAGCUCAUCAACGUCAGCUACAAUGUGACUGAGCGAGAGGUGCGCACCGCCCUCCGAGACAAGACCGCCCACAGCCACUACUGGGGCCUCGUCGUAGACACGGGAGUCUACUCACAUGGUUUCCGUGGCAACUGGGCAGAGUUCCUGACAAUGGGAGAAGGCCUGCACACACCCUCACCCAGUCUCACUGACUUGGUGUAGCUGAGCUGCUCAUCAUCGUCAUUACAUCUUUAGAAGUGAUUGAUCAAUUGGACGAUCCAGGUAGAAGUUUCCCACAGAAACAGAUCUAGGAUCAUUUUACCCUCAUACCACAGGAGGUUGCUGAGGGGAGUGCGGCUCAUAAUAAUGGCUUUAACGGUGCAAAUGGAAUGGCAUCAAACACGUGGAAACCAUUUGUUUGAUGUAUUUGAUACCAUUCCACUAAUGCUGCUCCAUCCAUUACGACGAGCCCGUCCUCUCCAAUUAAGGUGCCACCAACCUCCUGUGCCUCAAAGAAUCCUGACUUGAACCGUUAGGGUGGAGAACACAAGACAGACCUUGGGUCAGUGUCUAGGUGUAACUUCACCCUCAGUGAUAUGGGCAUCUGAUGUACUGUCUUUCACCAACAGAUGGCAGCAUAUCUCCACACCUCAGACUUCUGACUGCCAUCACCUCUCCCCAGUUGUCCCAAAUAUGUAUAUAUACACUAGAUAACUGACAGGAGGCACUGUAUUGAAGCACCUCCAUCUUGGCACUGCCCCACCGUUGUAAAAAAUAUUUUGGAAACUAUAGAAAUGCAUUUACCAAAUGUCUACAUUAUUCUGUUACAGACGGCUUAAUGCAGCGUUUCCCAAACUCGGUCAUCAGGAACCCAACGUGUGCAUGUUUUGGUUUUUGCCUUAACACUACACAGCUGAUUCAAAUGAUCAAAGCUUGAUGAUUAGUUGAGUAUUUGAAUCAGCUGUGUAAUGCUACAGCAAAAACCAAAAUGUGCCCCCCUUAGGAUCCCGAGGACCAAGUUUGGGAAACCCUGCUAAUAAAUUACACUGAAGAAAAACAUAAACGCAGUAUCAAAGUGUUGGUCCCAUGUUUCAUGAGCUGAAAUAAAAAAAAUCCCAGCCAUUUUCCAAACGCACAAAAAGCAUUUUCUCUCAAAUUUUGUGCACAAAUUUGUUUACAUCCCUAGUAGUGAGCAUUUCUCCUAAUAUAAUCCAUCCACAAAACAAGGUGAAUCAAUUCAGGAUUCUGACAGGUGUGGUAUAUCAAGACACUGAUUAAACAGAAUGAUCAUAAAAGACCACUUUAAAAUCUGCAGUUUUGUCACACAACACAAUGCCACAGAUGUUUUGAGGGAGUGUGCAAUUGUUAUGCUGACUGCAGGAUUGUCCACCAGAGCUGUUACAAGAGAACAGAAUGUUAAUUUCUCUACCAUAAGCUGCCUCUGUCAUUUUAGAGAUUUUGGCUGAGCUAAAUUAUUUAUUUUUUAAAAGUACUAAUGUUACUGUGACUAAGUUUAAAAAAAAUCCUAAAUACACAAUUUUGUUCCUGAAACAUUUAAAUGAAAUACUGUAGAAUUCCAUUAAUUUCUAUGGAGGACUGCUGCUACUGGGAAGGGCCAAUAUGGCUGACCGGUGUCUUCAAAGUCUCUCAUUGGCGAAUAUAUAGCAACAGCAAUCCAGGGUUUAUACUUUAAAAAUCAUUGGUAUCGCCACAGUUCGCGCCAAGGUGAAACGUACACUCCUGUAGAUCUGAAAAAAUGUAAAGGUGAAACUAGCCAACAGAAAAAACAAGGUGAAUCAAUUCAGGAUUCUUGAAAGUCAGGAAAAUCCUUGUUCUGCAAAGAAUCAUUAUUUUUAUAGUUGGAAAAAUAGAUUGAGCAAGGCAGUAGGUAUUUAUAAUUACAUGUGGAGUGGCGCUUUAUCAUUGAUGACAUCACGUGCACCUUAAAUUAUUCUGCAAUCAUCAUUUAUUUGAAAAACACCAUUUCCAUCAUUUGUCUCAAAGUUUGACAAAAUAAAAACCUACCCCUAAAGUGUU